CGAAACGUGAAUCAGUCGGCGUUGACGGAGCAAGGAGUACCGAGUUCGAUUUGAAAGCAGUGUAGAAACGGAAAGAUUGUCAGUGCGUGUCGCCGGUGAAUGAAGCGGGCUAAUUGUUACGUGCGAUGGCCGCGUGCUAUAGCGAGCAGGCAUCAUCCAGCUCGGGAAACGUAACGAAAAAGUCACCUGCGGCCGCCGCGAAACCAGUCUGUUGGCAACAUAGACUGUUCGGUAAACAACUGUCGCGGUGCAGUCAGGUUAAUCAACAAGACACAAAACCGUGCGAUGCAAGUGGUAUGCUUGUCGAUGAAGACGGCCAGCCGACUUGUGAAGUGAUCGGUGUGUAUUUUAGUUUCAUUAAUCCCGGUGCUACGUGCGAUGACUUUACGCGUCAGCUGCUCGACCUGUACACCAAUGUCAACUCGUUAUCCCCAUCACACACGGAAAACGAUCGGGACACAGAGAAUUCCACCAGAGGUAGAGAAAGGAGGAAAAAGUUCGAGGUCGUGCACGUGGUUCUUUGGAGUAACGUAGCCGAUGUCCUCGACUUUGAAGAAAGUUUCCGUGCACACGUUGCAGAGUUACCCUGGUUGGCUGUACCGAACUUGGACUACGAGAGAAAGACCAGACUGACUCGAAGGUAUCGGAUAAAGGCCGAUGUACCAACUUUGAUUUUAUUGGACGGUUCUAACGGCUCGGUGGUAACCAGAGGAGGCGUGGAGCGAACCAUCGGCGACUCCAGCGGGGCUGAAUUUCCUUGGAAGGCUCCUCAUCCGAAGGCUGCUCUCGAAGAUGGACCCUUAUUGCCAUGUGGGGCACGCGAUAGUAACGAACCCAUGCUACACGAAGAGUUACGUCAUUGUUUUAAGGGUGUUUACUUCAGCGCACAUUGGUGUCCACCUUGUAAAGCAUUUACUCCACAACUUGUGGACACCUAUCAACGAAUUCGAGAAAGGGGUCACGAUUUCGAGGUGAUCUUUGUAAGUUCAGAUAGGAGCGAAGAGUCUUACAACGUUUACAUUGAAACGAUGCCUUGGUUGAGGAUACCUUUUAGUCAAGAAGAGAGACGACGAAAAUUAGCAAGUGCCCUCGACGUACAAGCAAUACCCACUUUAGUAAUACUUGACCCCCGAGAUAACAUUAUAACUUUGGAUGGUCGGGCGGAAUUAAUCGAGGAUCCUGAAGGAUUGAAUUUUCCAUGGACCAGUCGUCUGGUGAAUAUUUUAACUGAAAAAUACGCCGCUUCAUUACAUGAUGCACCGGCAAUUAUUCUUUUUGUCGAAGGUGAAGACUGUGAGAUUCAAUUCGCAGAGAGUGUAUUAUUGCCAGCUGCACAGGCAUACAGACAAGGUAGACCUGACUAUGAUCCAAAUUACGAUGAUCCAGAUGAUAUUUUGCAAUUUUAUGUAGCAUUAGAUUGUGAAACAUCAGAUAUUCUUCGUGAAUUUGUCGGUUUAGAUGAUGCUGUACCCCUCUUAACAGCAAUUGAUAUACCUCGAGGAAUUUAUGUGGUGAUGGAAGAUGGUGCCGAAAUAACUGUAGAUUCUGUACAACAAUUUGUCGAUAGUUUUCGCAAUGACAAAUUGCCUAUAAACAAAAUAGCUGCAGUACAUAAAACUGCUAAGAAUGAUUACGUUUCUACUUGAAUUUUUGAAAAUCAAUUGACAAUUUUAUACGAAAUAUUGAAAGCCAUGUGGAGGAAGGAGCAGUCAAGAUUUUAAGUGGUCAUUAUACAACCACAAAAAAAAAGAAACCCCAUCCUCUCUUCUCAAUCCUGUCUCUGUGAUACCAUUGCUCCUUUCGUAGGAAGGAUCUCGCGCAAAAUGGCGCUUGUAUUCGCACACCCCUUUGUGGAAGUAACCAAAAGACAUGUAUUAUAAUAUCAUAGUUAAUAAAAACUGAGCGAAUUGUAUUUUUAAGUGUACACAUGCACACGUUAAUAUAUUAUAUUAUGUACUACUUAAUAAACGCCAAAUGAACACGUCGAACGUA